AUGAAUUAAACUGAAACUGAAAGUAUGCUGAAGACAAUUUGGGAAGAAUUAUCUUAAUCAAUAAAAUAAAUAUAUGAUUGGAUUGAGCAGGAAAACAAAUCAUAUAUUGACCUCAUAAACAAGUAUGCUAACUUAGCAGAAUCCUCAUAUACUGACUUAGAAAAAUUAGUUCAAAUAGUAUAUGGAAAAACAUUAAAUGAUUGGAAUGUUGAGAAAAAUAAUAUAUUGAUGGAGUUAUAAAAGCAUAAGAAUUGUUGGAACUAAGAAAUUAAGACUUAUUGUUAAUAGCUGGAUAAAAAAAUAAAAGAUAUAAUUGCAUCAAUAAAGUAAGUAUUUCAAUCAUUUUUAAGUAGUAAAUUAAGUUAAAAAGAAGAUUUAGUAUAAAAUUAGAGAGAAGAUCUGUUUGGGAUCUUAGCUUCUUUAAAAAAUAUUGAUGCAAAAUUUUUUAUUGUGAUAAUAGAAAUGUUGAAAAAAGAAAAACCUUCCGAUAUUUUAUAUUUUCUUUCAACAUUAGAUAUUCAAAAGCAUUUAAAUUAAAAUUUAGAUAAGUCUCAUAAUGUAAAUAGUGUAAAAAAUAACAUUCAGCAUUUUGUUACUGUUAUAAAAAAUAUUUAUGAUCAUGACUUUAACAAAAAGGACUAUUCCACAUAAAAAUUCAGAUAAACUAAACAAAGGUUAAUUGGUAAAAUAAAAAAAGAAGCGAAUAUUAUAGGAUUUUUGAAAUUUUUAGUAAACUUGACAUACAUUGAUGAAAAUUUAAUUUAGUGUGGAUCAAAUUCACUUCAUUUAUUGGUUUAAAUGAAGGUUGAUUUGACAUAACAAUCUUUUUAAAAUAUUAAGAUUAAGAAUACUUCGUUAAAUGGAGGAAGUUUUGCAGAAUGCAAUUUUAGUUGUUCUAAAUUCAACAAUGUUGAAAUAAAUGGAAUUAACUUAAAUGGAGCUAAACUAUUCCAUUGCGAAUGGAAAAAUUUAAGAAUAGAUUAAUAAUAUUAUUAAGUAUAUCAUGAUAGUGGAAUCCUAUCAUAAUGUUUUUCUCCUGAUGGCUCUAAAUUAGCAUCUGGUAGUUGGGAUAACACUGUUUGUUUAAGGGAUGUUAAAACAGGAAAAAUAAAAUCUUUAUUUAUUGGUCAUAAUAGUCCUAUUUAUUCAGUAUGCUUCUCUCCUCAUAGUACUAUCUUAGCAUCUGGUAGCUAAGGUGGCUCAAUCCGUUUAUGGGAUGUUAAGGCAGGAUAAGAAAAAGCCAAAUUAGAUGGUGAUUGUAAUUGUGUCUAUUCGGUAACAUUCUCUCCAGAUGGUCUUACACUAGCUUCUGGUAGUUAGGAUAACUGUAUCCGUUUAUGGGAUAUUAGGAAACAUCAACUUAAAUCCAAAUAAAAUUCAAUCCUGAUGGUACUACAUUAGUAACAAGUAAUUUGAAUGGCAAUAUUUGUUUAUGGGAUAUUAGGACUAGAAAAAAAAAUUUAUAUUAGAUAGUUAUCACGAUGCACUCUUUUCGGUAUGGUUCUCUCCAGAUGAUAUUAGAGCAUUUUAUUCAGUAUGCUCCUCUCCUGAUGGUACUAUAGCAUUUGGUAGUUAUUAUGGCACUAUCUGUUUAUGGGAUGCUAAAACAGGGCUACAAAAAUUUUAAUUAGAUGGUCAUCGAAGUACGGUCUAUUCAUUAUGCUUCACUUCUGAUAGUAAAAUAUUGGCAUCUGGAAGCGGCAGUGAAGAUAACUCUAUUCAUUUGUGGGAUGUGAAGACAGGGAAAAAAAAAUAUGAAUUAAUCCGUCAUAAUUGUACUGUCUAUUCAUUAUGCUUUUCUCGUGAUGGUACUGCACUAGCUUCGGGUAGCGGGGAUAAUUCUAUUUGUUUAUGGGAUGUUAAGGCAGAAAAAACAAAAUUUUAAUUAUUUGGCCAUAUCGGAACUGUCUAUUAAGUUUGUUUCUCUAAUGAUGGCUCUCUAUUAGCAUCUGGUAGCGAUGAUGAAACUAUCCGUUUAUGGGAUGUUAAGUCAGGAUAAUAAAAGGCAAAGUUGGAGGGUCAUAGUGGAACUGUCUAUUCAGUAUGCUUCUCUCCUGAUAGCUCUACAUUAGCAUCUGGUAGCGAGGAUGAGACUAUCCUUUUAUGGGAUGUUAAGUCAGGAUAAUAAAAGGCAAAGUUGGAUGGUCAUAGUGGAACUGUCUAUUCAGUACGCUUCUCUGCUGAUGGAACUUCAUUAAUAUCUAGUAGUGAUGAUGAGCUGAUCUGUUUAUGGGAUCUUAAGACAAAUGAGGAAAUUUAAUCUACAGAUAAUAGAUAUAAAGAUUUAUUUACAUAAUUGGAAACUCCAUUAUUACAGCACAAUAUCCUUUCAGGUAUUUAUACUCUUUAAUAAUUUAGUCGCCACUAAUAUUCCUAUUCUUUUUAUAUCCCAAUCACAAAUAUUUUAAGCAGAUGAAGCUCAAAUCGUAAAAGGGGAGUUUUUUAAUUAUGAAGGCAUAGAUUUAAGACCAUUAUUAAAAUCUAAAGGAAGUUACAUUAAGUAGUGA